UCCCUUCAAGCAAAGCCACAUACGCCUACAAAUUAGUAGAGAUUUUCACUACCCGACUUGUACACAUUUUUCGUUAGUUUAUUUGGAUAACCCCGCCAAAAUGCAGGCCUCCGGACGUGGUGCAGACCACUUCAACUUCAUCACACGGACGGACCGCAAAAGUCUGCACACUCAAAUCGGAAAGCUGGUGAACAAGGCGAAGCAGGUGGCCGCGGCGGAGCUGCAGGAACGGAGCAGAAGGCUGAAGAACAUGCUGGAUGAGGAGGACAAGCGGUACGAGGAGGAGUUUUCGAACACGGUGAAGACCCGGAUCGACCAGGACAUUAAGGAACGAAAGGAGCACCUGCACGCCAUCAAGGAGCAGGUGGCCAAGCAGCACAAAAAGUUCCUCGAGGAGAAGCACAUUCAGCAGGUCAUGCUCGACUGCUACGAGAUCCGCGAGGCCCUUCGGCAGCAGGACCUCGUGGAGACGAAGAUAGUCCAGGAGGAGCAAAUUCUCGAGAACCAACGGAAGAAGCGGCGCGAGUGCCAGCAAGAUAAGUAUUGGCUGGAGCUGAAUCGCCGCCGGUGGGCCCAGUUCGACUGCAACCAAGCGGAGGAAAAUCUGAGACGCCACCAGAUGCAAGAGCAAGUAAAUCAUGUCCUGGCCGUCCAAGUAGCUGAGCACGAGGAGAAGCGCAAGGCGGCGAUGGCAGAAAGGAUGGAAGACGAGCGGAUACUUAAUUCUCUUCUGGAGGAGAUCCGCUUGGAGGAGUUUGAGAAGGAGCACCAGCCUGCACCAGCAAAUCAAUUGGCCCACCAAGCCGAGCUGCUGAAGGAGAUCGAGCGAAAAAGAUGCGCCCGCCUGGCGGACUGGGAGUCGGAGAAGAAUGACCACAUGGCCUUCUGCCGGGAAACGCAACGGUUGGAAGCCGAGGCUCUGGCCAAGAUCGCUCAGUCUAAGAAGGAUCUUAACCGAGCUACUCUGGAAUACCUGGCCUACCUCCGCCGCAUGCAAUCUCUUGAACUGGGAAUCGAGAAGAUGAUGGACGAGCGCAUCGCCGAUCUCUACCAGCUGGACAUGUGUACCAAGGUCAACAUCACGGAAAGAAUGCGGCUGAAGCGGGAGGCCGCAGAGAAGUGUCACGAGAUCCUCCGGAAGCAGAUCUGCGAGGACUACGAACGCAGAAUCCGGUCUGAUGCUGAACUUCGGGAGAACAAAAUGAUGGAGAAUCGCUUUGUUCAUCCGGAGGUCACUCAUGAAAUGAUUGUGUGCCGCCAGAUCCAGCACAAAGCAGACUUGGAUGCACAAAUCAAGGAGAUGAAGCGUAUCCAGAUGGAGGAGGAGAAACGAUUUGAUAGUCGCCUUAUGGCCGCUGUCGAUAAUCCCGUCGUCUGCAAAAGAUUAGCUAAGGAGAUUUUGGACUCCGGCACUGAUUACCUUGCUCCGCAUCCAAACUGGCGGGUUAUGGCCUGUAAUCCCACUAAGUACAUUCCCAGACCUCCGGCCACCGAGCAGGAUUUCAAUGCCCGAGUUCUCGGUGCCAGUGUGGACAAAUGUCCUUGCCCCAGAGAAGCCAGGAAGCACUGCAGCUUCAUGGCUGAACUGGGUACGCAGGAUGUACCUCCUGAGGGAGCCAAGACCCAUGUGGAAGCCAAAACUUUCAUUCCGGCCCAGAACCAAAAAACUUCCGCUUUUCGGAAUUGCCGCUGCAAAUUCUAUUAGUUUUUUUAGUGGGCAGCAUAUUUCAAGCCACUUAAAAUUGAGUUGAGUGUUGAGUCU